UCCACUGUGCACAGUGGGGACGCGAUUUGGGGUAAGGGACGCACUCACCACUCCGCAUGCGCAGAGCGGGUUGCUGGCGGCCCGGACUACAAUUCCCAGAGGAUCCUUCCAGAGGACGCAGGCGCAGAGCUGCUGGCGCCAUCUUGAAAUCCGAUCCUCAAUCUCCGAGGCUUUGCGUCAGCAGCCGGCGGCAGCGGGAGUAUUGCGAGCCCCGUUUGCUAAAAGGGGAGGACGUUGAGGACGCGGCAGCUGGCGGGAGAGAGCGCUUUGGAGACCUGGCAGGGGCCGAGCACUGCCUGCGCCGCUGUCACUCAGCAUCCCCUUAAGGCUUUUCCACGCCCGCCUCCCGCUCAAGGGCGGGGCUCUCCACUCUGGUACCCAGAGCCAGCGCGCGGGUGGCGGAGGUGCGCCCCUGCAAAUUGGGACCCCGACCGGGCUGUGCCAUGCUCGCCCGAGACCACCGAGGAGGGAGACGGAACUCAACCUGGAACCAGUGAGCAAUCCCCGAGCAGCCGCCGCCGCCGCCGCCACCGCCUCCGGGAAACUUGGCACCUGCUAGGAACGAAGAUGAAGGAGGUUUGCAGGAUUUGUGCCCGGGAGCUGUGUGGAAACCAGCGGCGCUGGAUCUUCCACACGGCGUCCAAGCUCAACCUCCAGGUUCUACUUUCGCACGUCCUGGGCAAGGAUGUCUGCCGCGAUGGCAAAGCCGAGUUUGCUUGCAGCAAGUGUGCUUUUAUGCUUGAUAGGAUUUAUAGAUUUGACACUGUUAUUGCGCGGAUCGAAGCCCUUUCUAUCGAGCGUUUGCAGAAGCUGCUGCUGGAGAAGGAUCGCCUUAAAUUUUGCAUCGCCAGUAUGUAUCGAAAGAAUAACGAUGACUCUGGCGCGGAGACUAAGGCGGGGAAUGGGACAGUUGACAUUUCCAGCUUACCGGACGUGAGAUACUCUGCACUGCUCCAGGAAGACUUUGCCUAUUCAGGGUUUGAGUGCUGGGUAGAAAAUGAGGAUCAGAUUCAGGAGCCACACAGCUGCCAUGCUUCCGAAGGCCCUGGAAACAGACCCAGGAGAUGCCGUGGUUGUGCAGCCUUGCGGGUUGCUGAUUCUGACUAUGAAGCCAUUUGUAAGGUGCCACGAAAGGUGGCCAGAAGUAUCUCCUGUGGCCCUUCUAGCAGGUGGUCUACCAGCAUUUGCACUGAAGAACCAGCAUUGUCCGAGGUUGGGCCACCAGAUUUAGUAAGCCCAAAGGUACCCCCAGAUGGUGAAAGCAUGGAAGAAGGGACACCCGGUUCCUCUGUGGAAUCUUUGGAUGCAAGUGUCCAGGCUAGUCCUCCACAACAGAAGGAUGAGGAAACUGAGAGAAGUGCAAAGGAACUUGUAAAGUGCGACUGUUGUUCAGAUGAACAGGCUCCACAGCACAUGUGCAAUCACAAGCUGGAGCUAGCUCUUAGCGUGAUUAAAGGUCUUGAUUAUAAACCCAUCCAGAGUCCCCGAGGGAGCAAGCUUCCUAUUCCAGUGAAAUCCAGCCCACCUGGAGCCAAGUCUGGCCAUACCUUAACAGAUGGGGUUAGUUCCAGUUUCCUUAACAGGUCGCUGAAACCCCUUUACAAGACGCCUGUGAGUUAUCCCUUGGAGAUUUCAGAUCUGCAGGAGCUGUGGGAUGAUCUCUGUGAAGAUUAUUUGCCACUCCGGGUACAGACUGAAGAGUUCCUCAGAAAACCGAAGCUGAAUUCAGAUGAGACCACUCUAACUCAGCACACUGUGUCUGAUGCCCGCGUGGCAGAACUCCAGGAAAAAAUCCAGCAAGCAGAGGCGGCCAACAGGAUUCUUCAAGAGAAGCUUAAUGACAUGAGCUGUGAACUAAAGACUGCUCAGGAAUCCUCUCAGAAACAAGAUGACACUAUUCAAAGCCUCAAGGAAAUUCUGAAAAGCAGGGAAAGUGAGACUGAAGAGUUGUACCAGGUGAUCGAAGGUCAAAAUGACACGAUGGCAAAGCUUCGUGAGAUGCUGCACCAAAGCCAGCUUGGACAGCUUCACAGCUCAGAUAGUAUGUCCCCAGCUCAGCAACAGGUGGCUUUGCUUGAUCUUCAGAGUGCUUUAUUCUGCAGCCAACUUGAAAUACAGAAGCUCCAGAGGGUGGUACGCCAGAAAGAACGCCAACUGGCUGAUGCCAAACGAUGUGUGCAAUUUGUAGAGGCUACUGCCCAGGAGAGAGAACAGCAGAAAGAAGCUUCUUGGAAACAUAACCAGGAAUUGCGAAAAGCCUUGCAGCAGUUACAAGGAGAAUUGCAGAAUAAAAACCAACAGCUUCAUACCCUGGAGGCUGAAAAAUACAAUGAGAUUCGGACCCAGGAGCAAAAUAUUCAGCACCUAAAUCAUAGUCUGAGUCACAAAGAGCAACUGCUUCAGGAACUUCAGGAACUCCUGCAGUAUCGCGAUAACUCAGACAAAACUGUCGAAGCAAAUGAAAUGUUGCUUGAGAAACUUCGGCAGCGAAUACAAGACAGAGCUCUUGCUCUAGAACGAGCUAUAGAUGAAAAGUUCUCUGCUCUAGAAGAAAAAGAAAAAGAACUGCGUCAGCUUCAUCUUGCUGUGCGAGAGCGAGAUCAUGACUUAGAGAGACUGCGCGGUGUCCUCUCUUCUAAUGAAGCUACCAUGCAAAGUAUGGAGAGUCUGCUGAGGGCGAAAGGCCUGGAAGUGGAACAGUUAUCUGCUACCUGCCAAAAUCUCCAGUGGGUGAAAGAAGAAAUGGAAACCAAAUUUGGCCAUUGGCAGAAGGAACAAGAGAGUAUCAUUCAGCAGUUACAGACAUCGCUGCAUGACAGGAACAAAGAAGUGGAGGAUCUCAGUGCAACCUUGCUCUGCAAACUCGGACCAGGGCAGAGCGAGAUAGCUGAGGAGCUGUGCCAACGCCUGCAGCGCAAGGAACGGAUGCUGCAGGACCUUCUAAGUGAUCGGAACAAGCAGGCCGUGGAACAUGAAAUGGAGAUCCAGAGCCUGCUUCAGUCGAUGGGCAUCAGGGAGCAGGAGAGCCAAGCUGCAACAAAGAAGAUGGUGCAAGCCCUAAUGGAAAGAAACUCAGAAUUACAGGCUCUGCGCCAGUACUUAGGCGGGAGAGACUUCAUAAUGUCCCAGGCACUCAUCUCCAACCCACACGCUGAAGUUCCCUCCAUUGGCCCCCAUCUCGGAGAGCAGACUGAUCAAGGUUCGAUGCAUAUUCCCUCCAGAGAUGAUAGCACAUCAUUGACUGCCAAAGAGGAUGCCAGCAUACCCAGGUCUGCCUUAGGAGACAUGGAUACAGUUGCAGGUCUGGAAAAAGAACUGAGUAAUGCCAAAGAGGAACUUGAACUCAUGGCUAAAAAAGAAAGAGAAAGUCGGAUGGAACUUUCUGCUCUGCAGUCCAUGAUGGCUGUUCAGGAGGAGGAACUGCAGGUGCAGGCUGCUGAUAUGGAGUCCCUGACCAGGAACAUGCAGAUUAAAGAAGACCUCAUAAAGGACCUGCAAAUGCAACUGGUUGAUCCUGAGGAUAUACCAGCCAUGGAACGUCUGACCCAAGAAGUCCUACUUCUUCGAGAAAAAGUUGCUUCAGUAGAAUCCCAGGGUCAAGAAAUUUCAGGAAACCGAAGACAACAGUUACUACUGAUGCUGGAGGGACUAGUGGAUGAACGAAGUCGGCUCAAUGAGGCCUUGCAAGCAGAGAGACAGCUCUAUAGCAGUCUGGUGAAGUUCCAUGCCCAGCCAGACAGCUCUGAGAGAGACCGAACUCUGCAGGUGGAACUGGAAGGGGCCCAGGUGUUACGCAAUCGACUAGAAGAAGUUCUUGGAAGAAGCCUGGAGCGCUUAAGCAGGCUGGAGACCCUGGCCGCCAUUGGAGGUGCAGCUGCAGGGGAUGACACUGAAGAUGCGAGCACUGAGUUCACUGACAGUAUUGAGGAGGAGGCUGCACUCAACAGCCACCAGCAACUCAUCAAGGUGGCUUUGGAGAAGAGCCUGGCAACUGUGGAGACCCAGAACACCUCUCUUCCUGUUGCAGAAGAAGGGAACAGUAACAGGUGUCUUCAGGAGGAAAUUCUCCACCUGAGGGCUGAGAUUCACCAGCAUUUAGAGGAGAAGAGAAAAGCUGAGGGGGAGCUGAAGGAGCUAAAGGCUCAAAUUGAGGAAGCAGGAUUCUCCUCAGUGUCUCACAUCAGGAAUACCAUGCUGAGCCUUUGCCUUGAAAACGCAGAGCUGAAAGAACAGAUGGGAGAAGCGAUGUCUGACGGAUGGGAGAUCGAGGAAGACAAGGAGAAGGGCGAGGUGAUUGUGGAGACUGUGGUAGCCAAAGGGAGUCUGAAUGGGAAUAGCCUUCAGGCUGAGUUCAGAAAGCUUCAGGGAAAACUGAAGAAUGCCCACAAUAUCAUCAACCUCCUCAAAGAACAGCUGGUGCUGAACAGCAAGGAGGGGAAUAGUAAACUUACUCCAGAACUUCUUGUGCACCUGAGCAGAGAGAUCGACAGAAUGAACAGAGAAUUAGUGUGUUCUCCUGGGAAGCCCCAGUGCAAAGAGGAGGAGGAUGUGACCAAGAGGCCCUCUCCCAGACCACAGAGCCUCAACCUUGGGACUGUCCUCAUGGAGGGUGCCCACCAACACGAUAACCAGUCCCAGACUUGUGACCCAGGGCCUCCAUCAGAAUUUGGCCUUCCAGGGUCCACCAAGCACCUGCGCUCCCAACUGGCACAAUGCAGACAACGCUAUCAAGAUCUCCAGGAAAAGCUGCUGCUAUCAGAAGCCACCAUCGUUGCCCAGGCUAAUCAGCUGGAGAAGUACAAGGUCAUAUUUACAGGUGAAUCAUUGGUAAAGCAGGACAGCAAGCAGGUCCAGGUGGACCUUCAGGACCUGGGCUAUGAGACUUGUGGCCGGAGUGAGAAUGAGGCUGAGCGGGAGGAGAUCACCAGUCCUGAGUGUGAAGAACAUGACAGCCUCAAGGAAACAGUCCUGAUGGAGGAACUGAGUUCUCAGGAGGGGCGCCUAGGCUCAGCACGGACCAGCCCUCAUGGAAAGGAGCCCCUGGAGAGCCAAUCAGGAAAGCAUGGAGAAUUCCAGACGUAUGGGAAGUCGGAAGACAUUUCUAUCCUGAGAAAGGAUAUCAAAGAUCUGAAGGCCCAGCUACAGAAUGCUAAUAAGAUCAUUCAAAACCUCAAGAGCCGGGUCCGGUCCCUCUCAGUUACAAGUGAUUAUUCAUCCAGUCUGGAGAGACCUCGAAAACUGAGGGCUGUCGGCACCCUUGAGGGGUCUUUCCCUCACAGUGUCACUGACGAGGAUGAGGGCUGGCUGUCUGAUGGCACUGGAGCUUUCUACCCGCCAGGGCUUCAGGCCAAAAGGGAUCUGGAAAGUCUCAUUCAGAGAGUAUCCCAACUGGAGGCUCAGCUUCCAAAAACUGGACUAGAAGGGAAGCUGGCCGAGGAGCUGAGAUCAGCCUCAUGGCCUGGGAAAUAUGAUUCUCUGAUUCAGGAUCAGGCCCGGGAACUAUCUUAUCUACGGCAAAAAAUACGAGAAGGGAGAGGUAUUUGCUAUCUUCUCACACAACAUGCAAAAGAUACAGUAAAAUCUUUUGAGGAUCUCCUAAGGAGCAACGACAUUGACUACUACCUGGGGCAGAGCUUCCGGGAGCAACUUGCCCAGGGAAGCCAGUUAACGGAGAGGCUUACCAGCAAACUCAGCACUAAGGAUCAUAAAAGUGAGAAAGAUCAAACUGGACUUGAGCCCCUGGCCCUCAGGCUCAGCAGGGAGCUGCAGGAGAAGGAGAAAGUGAUUGAAGUCCUGCAGGCCAAGCUGGAUGCCCGGUCCCUCACGCCCCCCAGCAGCCAUGCCUUGUCUGACUCCCACCGCUCUCCCAGCAGCACCUCCUUCCUGUCUGAUGAGCUGGAAGCCUGCUCUGACAUGGACAUAGCCAGCGAGUACACACACUAUGAGAAGAAAGCUUCACCUGGUCACUCAGAUUCCAUCCAUCAUUCAAGUCAUUCUGCUGUAUUGUCUUCUAAACCAUCAGCAACCAGUGCUUCUCAGGGGGUUAAGGCCGAAUCCAGCAGCAACCCCAUCAGCUUGCCAACUCCCCAGAAUCCCCCCAAGGAGGCCAGCAAGGCCUGUCCAGGCUUUCAUUUUAACUCCAUACCCAAGCUGGUUAGCCUCCCCCAGGCACCACUGCCCUCAGCUCCAUCCAGCUUCCUGCCUUUCAGCCCCCCCGGCCCUCCCCUCCUUGGCUGCUGUGAGACACCGGUGGUCUCCCUGGCUGAGGCUCAACAGGAGCUGCAGAUGCUGCAGAAGCAGUUGGGAGAAAGUGUCAGCUCCAUCCCUCCUGCUUCCACAGCCUCAUUGCCAAGCAACCAGUUGGAUGCCAACUCUUCCCACUACCUCAACCCUCCACAGCCCCAAUCUCCUCUGGGGUGUGCCAUCGAACUGGGCAGAAUCCUGGAGCCUGGGUACCUGGGAAGUAGUGGCCAAUGGGAUAUGAUGAGACCUCAGAAAGGAAGUGUAUCAGGGGAACUAUCCACAGGAUCCUCCAUGUACCAGCUUAACUCCAAACCCACAGGGGCCGACCUGCUGGAAGAGCAUCUUGGAGAAAUCCGGAACCUGCGCCAGCGGCUGGAGGAGUCCAUCUGCAUCAACGACCGCCUCCGGGAGCAGCUGGAACACCGGCUCAGCUCCACUGCCCGCGCAAGUGGAUCCACUUCUAACUUCUGUGGUCAGGGUCUGGAGUCUAUACCUCAGCUCUUCAAUGAGAACAGAGUCCUCAGGGAAGAAAACCGGAGUCUUCAGGCUCAGCUGAGUCACAUUUCCAGAGAGCACUCCCAGGAAACAGAAUGCCUGAAAGAGGCUCUGCUCUCCUCUCGAUCUCGGCUUCAAGAGCUGGAAAAGGAGCUGGAACACCAGAAGGUAGAAAGGCAGCAGCUUUUGGAAGACUUGAAGGAGAAACAGCAGGAGAUCUUGCAUUUCAGGGAGGAACGUCUCUCCCUCCAGGAAAAAGACUCCAGGCUGCAACAGAAGUUGGCCCUCUUGCAGCAACAAUGUGAAGAGAAACAGCAGCUCUUCCAGUCCCUGCAGACAGAGCUACAGAUCUAUGAGGCACUUUAUGGCAAUUCCAAGAAGGGGCUGAAAGCUUACAGCCUGGAUGCCUGUCACCAAGUCCCUUUGAGCAGUGACUUGAGCCACCUGGUGGCAGAGAUACGAGCUCUGAGAGGGCAGCUGGAGCAGAGCAUUCAUGUGAACAACUGUCUGCGGCUGCAGCUGGAGCAGCAGUUGGAUGGUGGUGUUGGCAAAGCCAUCCUGAGCCCCUCCUCUGUUAACCAGAACUUCUCAGCCAACCCUGACUCACGAAACACUCAGCCACUCUUCCAAGAUUCAGUUGCUUCUCCUCCAGUCCGGGAUGUUGACAUGAAUUCCCCAGCUCUGGUCUUCUCCAGUCCUCCUUCCUCUGCUCCUGGCUCAGAAACAACCAUCUUCAAUAGGGCACAAGGUCUGGGUUUGGAUGCUUCUCCAGAAAUAAAGACCCCUCCCAAGCUGGAGGGUGAUGCUACUGAUGGCUCCUUUGCAAAUAAGCAUGGCCGCCAUGUCAUUGGCCACAUUGAUGACUUCAGUGCCCUAAGACAGCAGAUCGAAGAAGGCAAAAUACUUGUCAAAAAGAUAGCAUCUCUUGUGAGAUCAUCAUGCAACUUCCCUGGGCUUGAAGCUCAAGGCACAGAGGUGCUGGGGAGCACAGGUGCCCAUGAGCUUCGGAGCAACACCAGUGUCCUGCACCACACCCUGGAGGAGUCAGCUUCCCUCCUCACCAUGUUCUGGCGAGCAGCCUUGCCAAGCUCCCACAGCCCUGCACUGCCUGGCAAAGCGGGAGAGUUGAUGGAAAGGGAACUUCUGGACCUGAGAACCAAAGUAUCCAAACAGGAGAGGCUCCUGCAGAGCACAGCUGAGCGUCUGAAGACUGCCAACCAGCAGAAGGAGAGCAUGGAGCAGUUUAUCGUCAAUCAGCUGACCAGGACUCAUGAUGUUUUGAAGAAGGCAAGGACUAAUUUGGAGACCAACACUUACAAGAUUACUUCUGUAAAGCCUUAUUCCUGUCUCAGAAAAGGUGAAAUCCAUAAGGGCUCUGUCAUGCACUCCAGCCUUGUGACCCUUGCCUUCCAGGAGCCAUGCAAAAAGCAAAGCCAUCAGAGGUCCUUAAAACAGCAGGAAGGAUCGGCCUGCACCCCCUGUGUGCCACUACCUAUCUGCUGAGGAGGAUCGGGGCUCCUCCUGGAGGGUUCAGAAGAGGAAGUCAGAAAUAAAUCCUGUGGGGCAGGGCAGAAAGCCCUUCUGGUAGCUAUGGAACACCAUUAGCCAAGGCCCACUUGCCCCAGCAUGAAGCAAAACGCGUAGUUUGCGUAGAGGACCUUGUGACACUGCUCCUAAACAGCACCAGCGGCACAGGAAUGAGAAACAGCACAUUUGCCUCAGCAGCUAUCCUCCGAUGGUCAACUCAGGGGAAACUGGACCCUGCCUCCUAUGAGUGGGGCAGGUGUCCCAACGCUGGAGCUCCUCGGGCAGUUCUAGAAGCACACUACUGAGCUGUGGUGCCUGCUGGACAGUGUUGGUGGGAGCUCAGUGAGCACCACUCACAGACUCACACCUGACCCUGGGCCAGCUCCCUUGGGUCAAGCCAGGCUGGCCUUCAGUUUACAUGCCCCACCCAAGUUCUUUGAGUCCACAUGGUGGAAGUGGUGUCUUCCCAGAUGCCAUCUCAGGCUUAGCCUAGCCUCCUAUUUCUUUUCUUUUAUGAUCUCCAAAUUGUACUGACCUCACUCUAAAUAUGCUCUCCCAUUUUGUCACUCUCACUCCCUUGGGGGAACUGGGGACUGAGGGCCAGACCAAACCCGUUAAAAGCCACGCAUAUAGCAAGCCUGUGCUCAUUGUUAAGUGGCAUUGGAGGGGUCUCUGGCUGUGCUAAAGGCUGGUCUGUGUCUUCAUAGUGCUUAUAGGACGUGUGUACGUGUGUAUAAAUGUAUGAUACUGAUUUAUAUAUGUUGCUAUAGCCAUAUAUUGAAGGCCAGCAUAACUGGUGGACAGGGUCAUUGACAUGAGAUAGAACAGUUUUUUUGGUGACUGUUGAAGCAAAAUAUGUAUACAGAAUUAGUUUUUCUUUCCCCUGCUUUCUUUCCUAUUUCUGUACUAGUCCCUGAACAGUAUAAGAGCAGAAAAGACAAAAUGUCAUUAAGCAGCUCAUACUCUAAUGCUUAAAGUCUAAGUUUAAAAGAUUAAGGCUUUCCAUCUUUGUUUUGUAAAAAACCCCAGUCUAAAAAUAUUAGGGAGUGGUUCUUCGAGUUGACGUGCUUUUGUAUCAGCUAUGGAGAUGACACAGGGCUCUGGUCCCGGGAGAUUUAGCUCCUGUGGACCCAGAAUCUGCACUUUUACAUAAGCAGCCUGGAUGAUCUGGAUGGAGGUGGGCUGCAGGUCACAAUUUGAAAAGCACUUGUCUAUAACAUCAGAUCAAAAUUACGUAUACAUUUGUUCAAGGGUCUUUAACUGAGAAGUAUACAUCUUGUAUCAGUUAUUUCACUUAAAAUUGGAAUUAAAAUAUUCCUUGGCAAAAGCCCUUUGUUAUGUCUUUUUGACUUCCAGAAUUAAAACGAAACAAUUAUUUCCUAAAAAGCAGUUAAAAGCAAAACAAGAACAGCAAGAACAGAAAACUUAACCACAACUACCAUUACCAACUUCACCAACACUCUCACAGGGAUCGGAUCCAUCAGCAGACUCCUGCUGGGGGGAGCCCCACCCCACAUCAGUAAUGAGGAUGAACACCUAAGAUGUGCUUUCACGUCAGCCAUGUAAGCCUCUCCACGAGUGCCUUUGGCUGUCUAAUACAGAGGAACUCACUGGCAGAGUCAACUGAAUGCAUGACAAGUCAGCAAAACUUUGAAGUAUUAUUUAAAGACAGAGUAGCCAAAUUUGAAGACCCCCUUAUCCUGUGGGUUGUUGGUUUUUGUCUAGUUUCCAGCUAUUCUCCUUCCUUUAUCCCUAUGCUGCCAGGGCUGGGAGGCCUCUCGGUAAGAUGAUCAGUAAUCACUGGACAACUCAAAUAUUGACCCUAAUAAGUUCACUUUAUAAAUUGGUAAUAUUUAUGACAGCAACAACAUAUUACAUCAUUUAAGUCAGAGAUCACAAGUUACUUUUGGGGAAAAGUCUUGAAAGCCAAUCUUGUAUUUCACCCUUUGUGAAUGGUAAAAAGUAUCUCUG